CGCCGCUUCGCCCGCGUUUGUCCGCAGACCGCCCUGAGCACGUUUUUCCAAGAAACCAACAUUCCCAACAGUCACCACCACCCCCAGAUGAUGUGUACGCCCAGCAACACCCCUGCCACACCGCCCAACUUCCCCGACGCGCUGGCCAUGUUCUCCAAGCUUCGCACCUCCGAGGGCCUGCAGAGCAACAACAGCCCCAUGACGGCCGUGGCCUGCUCCCCCCCUGCAAACUUCAGCCCCUUCUGGGCCUCCUCCCCACCCAGCCACCAGGCGCCCUGGAUGCCGCCCUCCUCCCCCACCUCCUUCCGUCGCCUCCACUGCCCACAGCCCACGUGGCCCCCCGGAGCACAGCAGGGUGGCGCCCAGCAGAAAGCCAUGGCGGCAGUGGACGGCCAGAGAUGAGACUGGAUGCCACCGGGCCCUGGGCUGGAGCGAAGGGGGCAGUCUGGGGUUGUGGGGACACAGGAGGGCCAGGGAGGGGGAGCAGGGGCGGGAGAGGGUUUUCCUGAAGAUCGCACUGGAAGAUUUUAUAAAAGAAUUUUUGUGGGUGGGGGAACAGUAAACUUCGUGGGCCACUUGGGUCCCUCAGGAGUUUUUCUUUGGGCAAGUUUUUUUCUUCUUUUUAAUAUAUAACUAUAAUAUAUAUAAAUAUAACUAACGUAUGUGAGAAUAGGGCCGCACACCUGGGGGUGCUGGGCGGAGGGGAAGGGCCGAAAGAAUCCCUUGAAGUCGCCUGCAAACGAAGACCAACCACUUGUCCCUGCCUGGAGGGCUGCCACAGGGGCUACGGGAAGGGUCCCACCGGGCUCCCUGCCGCCUGGCCUCGUCACUUCUGUGCCCAGGAGUCUCCCCCUCCUCUGUGCUGCCCUUCAUCGCUCGGUAUGUCCCCUGGGUGGCCCUGUAGCUAUGGUGAUCCCAUCCCCAGCUGGGUGUGCGUGGCUCUUAGGCCUGAGUCAGGUCAGACCGUCUGGUGAUGGUGCCGGGGCCCUUCAGUGUCCUGUCCCACAGGCACCUGGCCUCUCCCUUUGUCCAAGGUCAGAGGACACGGACUGGAAGAGCUCGCCUUUGGGUUGAGUUCCUAAAUCAAAAUCUCAUCUCACGAGGGUGAAACUUCAAUUUAAAAACUUAAAAGAGACUUUUCUA